ACGUGUGACGUCAUACGGCAAGAUGGCCGCGGGUGUCGAAAAUGGAGUAGUGUAGGCCAUUGGGUGGUAGGAAUUUGUAGGUGUGUCAAGAGAGUCUAGUUUAUUCGUCCGAGUUAUAAUGUCGCUAAGAUGCCGGUGCAUUGAUACGUGGGUUUCGGCGUUCGGCUGCAAGCGGUUGUCGGCGUGGGGCGCGGGCACCGCGUCGAGCUAAUACAUCAUUUCAAUAAUAAUACGGGGGGGAGUAUUUCGUAUCCUGGUUAUCGAGUGAUUACACACGAACACUGUAAGCGAGAGAGAGCGAGAGAGGGAGAGGGAGAACCAGAGAGUAAUAAAGAGAUCGGGAUUCAUAGAGAGAGAAAGAAAGAGAGGGACGGACGCUCGCAGUCGGUCCUGCGGGAUAAAACGUCGGAGGAUAUCCACCCUCGGCAGGCGAAAAACGGGGGCGUGUAUGUGCGGUUUUUGGGCGAAGGGCGGAUACUUCGGAAAGGGGUUAGAUCGUGACAGUGGGUGUUAAGUGUGUACCGUGGGUGGUGUCUGUGUGUGUGCGACUGUGUGCGUGUCCGUGUUGACUAAAAAAUGUGGAACAUGAUGUGCGACGUGAUGCCGACGAUAUCGGAAGACAGCAUCAGUCAGCGGAGUUCCCAGUUCUCGGGCGAGGAUGCGAACUUCGAACAGCUGAUGGUGUCGAUGCUCGACGAGCGCGACAAGCUGAUGGACUCGCUCAGGGAGAGCCAAGAGCGACUCCAGGAGGCCGAGGCUCGUCUCCAGGAGGUUGAGAAGGAGCGCGACGCCCUCAACCGACAGAUAAACGCGAACAUUCCCCAGGAAUUCUCUCAGUUAACGAAAGAGUUGACAGCGGCAAGGGAGAGUCUUCUCGAAAGGGAGGAGGAAAUAUCCGAAUUAAAAGCUGAAAGGAACAACACCAGGCUCUUGUUAGAACAUCUAGAAUGCCUAGUAUCGAGGCACGAACGUUCCCUGAGGAUGACGGUGGUGAAAAGACAGGCCGCGGCACAGUCAGGAGUAUCGUCAGAGGUGGAAGUACUGAAGGCGUUGAAAAGCCUGUUCGAGCAUCACAAAGCCCUCGACGAAAAGGUGCGAGAACGAUUGCGAGUCGCCCUAGAAAGAAAUACUACGCUUGAGGAAGACUUAGCCCAUACCAAAGAAGAGCUUCAGCAGUAUAAAAUCAGCGGACAUCAGCCCAAGUCGAUUGACGAUAGACCUAAGGAAAAUGGUCAGACUGACGAUAGUCAGCAGCAAAACAAGAAUCAUGCAGACCAGCAAGGGAACCAUCAACAACAGCAACAACAACAACAACAACAACAACAACAACAACAACAACAACAGCAGCAGCAACUACAAAACCAAAGUAUCUCCAACUCUGGGUCAACCAGGCUAAGCAACGGCAGCCUCGAUCCCACCGAGCAAGACUCUGCUGUAAGAGUAAUUGACUUGCAGGCUACCGUUGAUAAGCAGAGCAACGAAUUAAGUACAUGGCAGCGUCGGGUAGCAGAAAUGAGCGGGCGAGUAGCCGAACUCGAAGAAACGUUAUCUAAGGCGCAAAAAGACCUUUUGAAAUCACAGGAGAGUAACGUCAAGCUGCAGAGAGAUCUCAGGGAAAAUGUGGCGCAGAAGGAGGACCAGGAGGAGAGGAUAACAACGCUGGAAAAGAGAUACCUUAACGCUCAAAGAGAAUCGACUAGUCUUCACGAUCUUAACGAAAAAUUGGAGCAAGAGCUUCAGCACAAAGAAGCUCAGCUUAAGCUACAAGAAGAAAAAAUAGCUGCCAUACAAGAGAAGCUUGAAUUAGCUGAACAAAAACUUGCCCAGUAUUCGAAACUGCCAGAAAUGGAAGAGCAGCUGAAGCAGAGGAUGGAGGCUCUGACCCAGGUGAGGAGGCCCAACCAGCAGGCUCAAGAGAGACACGGUAGCGCGGAGGACAGAAUUCAAAGGCUAGAAGCGCAGCUAGAGGAAAAGAAUGCAGAAGUAAUGAGAUUAAAUCAACGGCUAAAAAUGAACGAGGAGCAUAAUACUCGAUUGAGUACAACGGUCGACAAGCUGUUAUCUGAAUCUAACGAGAGAUUACAAGUUCAUUUGAAGGAGAGAAUGCACGCUUUGGAGGAGAAAAAUGCGCUCACCCAAGAGCUUGAAAAAACAAGAAAGAUCGCCGAGGAACUGCAGAAUGAAAAGACGGAGAUUGUCAAAGAGCUUGGUAAAGCAAGGCUCGAAAUUGACAAUGUUAAACGUCAAAUGCUCCAACAAGAAAUAGCCUUUAACAUUCAACAGACCGACGCAUUGACCAGAAGUCUCUCACCGAACGUCGUCGAUCCCGGUAGCUUUUCACGAAGCGCUAGUCACAGCAGCUUCGAUACACAUUCGUUACCAAGACGAGGAGUGAAGCGACCGCCGAUGGACGACGAUUCCACAAAGGGUUACGUUGCGCGAACGUUAGCCGAACAGGAAUGGGAGAAAUUACAACAAGCCCACGUGCUGGCCAAUGUACAGCAGGCCUUUGAUGUUUCGAGUGACGCUGAAGGGGACGGAGAUAACGAAAGCAUCUUUAGCUCAGCCGCUGAUGUUAUCAGUCCGACGGGUCAUACGGAUGCUCAAACUCUCGCGUUGAUGCUUCAAGAACAAUUAGACGCUAUAAAUAAUGAAAUCAGAUUGAUACAGGAGGAAAAACAGAGUACGGAAGCUAGAGCCGAGGAACUCGAGUCUCGAGUUGGAAGUUUGGAACACAUGAACCUUCUUGCGCGAGGGCGAAGUUUGGAGAGAGCUUCGCCACCGUUGAGCGGACGUUCGACCCCAAAAUCACAUCACAGUCCGAACAGAGAUUAUCUUCACAAAUAUCACACGGCACCAGCUUCAAUGUCGCCAGCACACCUCCAUCAGUACGCAGCAACUCUCGUCAGUCCUGGCCAACUUUCAGAGUCCCUUCCGGCAAGCCAGCUGCAGUUGUCUGGAGAGGAAUUACAUUCGGUCAGUGAAAGAGAUAGCACCGGUGGAGGAGGGAGCGGAGGAAGCGGCGCUGCAUCUCCACUCACUGCCAGGUCGUUGCGAUUGGAACGAGUCGCACAGGCGCUGGCGCACAGUCAAGAAGAGUUACGAAGACGCACAGGGCAAAGUGGAUUCCCCAGUAGCGGUUACUCCGUGCACAGGCAUGGACAACAUAACAACAGCGCACUCAAUUCUGGGACUCCCCCUUCUCCAUUGUCCUCACGCCACAGCAGCCAGGACAGUUUGCACAAAAACAAUCUAAGCGGUGUCGGACUUCCCAUCGGUCAACUUUCCAGCUCGCAUCUUCACAUGCAGGCCAAUAUGAGUCCGGCAACGGCCGCCGCCGUCGCCGCAGCGCAAAAGAAAAAGGGCAUCAAGAGCAGUCUUGGAAGAUUCUUUAGUAAAAAGGAAAAGGUCAAAGGAAAGGACACCACCAUGCCAGGGGAUGUUCCGGGAAUGGGUGGUGCAAGCACACCAGCUGAUCCUGAUUAUGGAGACAACAUUUCGCUGGCUGGAACAUUGGGUGGUAAAGGUGACUUCGAUCGUAGGAAAAAGAAAAGUAUAUUAGACUCUUCUCGACACGAACUAUUGGCCGGUGCCAUGAAAGCGGGAACUCCUUUCGCUCUGUGGAAUGGACCAACAAUAGUAGUUUGGCUCGAAUUGUGGGUAGGAAUGCCUGCUUGGUAUGUCGCCGCAUGUCGGGCGAAUGUUAAAAGCGGAGCGAUAAUGAGCGCUCUGAGCGAUACCGAAAUACAGCGAGAGAUAGGAAUCAGCAAUCCCUUACACCGCUUGAAGCUCAGACUAGCCAUACAAGAAAUGGUCUCCCUCACCAGCCCCUCUGCACCAAAAACUUCGCGCACCACCCUGGCCUUCGGUGACAUGAACCAUGAAUGGAUAGGCAACGUCUGGCUUCCCAGUCUUGGACUCCCUCAAUACCGAUCCACCUUUAUGGAGUGCCUUGUAGACGCAAGAAUGCUCGAUCACUUGACCAAAAAGGAUCUCAGAGGGCAGUUGAGGAUGGUCGAUAGCUUUCACAGAACGAGUUUACAGUACGGUAUAUCCUGUCUGAAGAGGUUGAAUUACGAUCGGCAGCAGUGGGAGGAGCGACGCAGAAUCGCUGAGACAGCAAACGUCGACGUUCUGGUUUGGAGUAACGAUCGCGUUAUAAGAUUCAUACAAUCUAUAGGUUUAAAAGAAUACGGUGAUAAUCUUCUGGAAUCCGGUGUACACGGUGCGUUGAUAGCGUUGGACGAAAGUUUUGACGCAAAUAGUCUCGCUCUCGCCCUACAAAUUCCUACCCAAAAUACCCAGGCUAGGCAGCUACUCGAAAGAGAGUUCGGAAAUUUGUUGGCGGUAGGAACCGACAGGCGACCGGACGAAUCAAAUAGUCUUAAAUCUUGAUCGAGCCCUUCAAACUCGAGGCUGUCUCAUCUUCACCCUCACCAUGUCUAGUCUAAAACCCCAGCUAAUAUCUGUGCGCGACGUUUGCGCACGUGUAUAUCUGUGUUCGAAUGUGCGCUGCUGCGCGUGUUUCGCGUCACCCAAGUUGUAUGAGCUUUAAAUAUCACUCCUUUAGCUAUGCUGCAUACACUUAACAUGCUGUUAUAUAUAAUUUUUAAAUGAGAGGACGUAGAUCAAUUUAAUUUUUUUCUUUAUUGCUAUUAUUAUUUUUUCUUCAUAUUUUUUCCCUCCUAAUUUCAAUUUCAACGGAGUUAAA